AUGUCCCGUCUCAAGCCCAUCUGCUCGAAAACGCUCAAGCGCUACAUGGUAGAAACUACCCGGGAGGUCGAGAAGGAGAUUACUAAAGCAACCCCACCCACCUUUGGUGCCAUGUACGACGGGUGGACAUGCUUUUCGGAGAACUAUGUAGCGCUGUACAUCGUCUUUUGGAAGAUGGCCAGCUAUUCUACGUUCUCUGACGGCAAUUGGUCGGUUGCGCGUCUCAUCGUUUCAACCUGGCAACCAAAAGGUGUUUUGGCGGGCCACGAGGACCUAGUUGGAGCGGUGAGCGCGCUGAUGCUGGCGCUACAGACUACGAAGAACCGCGCUGAGUUCCGACGUUAUACCAGCCUCGGGCCUUCGCGUCCGAACGCUACGCGGUGGAGCUCCACCUUCAUGAUGCUAGAGCGCUACGUGCGCAUACGGGGCGCGAUCAAGCGCGUCGACGCGGUGUAUGACCCCAUGCCCAAGCCAGCUGCGCAUCGACGCAUCGUUGCUCUCGUCGAGAGCCUCAAGAUAUUUAAACACUGUGUGCAAGAAGCAGCAGGAGGAGGCAGCAUUGAUGAAAUCCGUGCGGCUUCUAUUCGACAAGAUUACUGA